ACCAUUUUUCCCUCUUCCGGGCCGGGUGCUGGUGACUGCUGGGCCGGCAGCCCAGUGAGCGCGGCGAGGCGGGGCGAAACCUCCCGCCACCUCCCUCCCUCCCUCCCGCCGCCGCCUCAGUCCCAGCCCCAGCCCCAGCCCGCUCCUCGCCGUCCCGCCCGCACGCCCACCCACCCGCCCGGCUCCGCAUCCCGCUGCCGCCGCCGCCGCUGCUGCUGCUGCUGCCGCCGCCUCGCCUCCCAGCAUGGUUAUCAAGGUUUACAUCGCCUCCUCCUCCGGCUCCACGGCGAUUAAAAAGCAGCAACAAGAUGUGUUAGGUUUCUUGGAAGCCAACAAAAUUGAAUUUGAGGAAAAGGAUAUCGCCGCCAAUGAGGAGAAUCGGAAAUGGAUGCGCGAGAACGUGCCUGAAGACAGCCGGCCAGCAAGUGGGAACCCCCUGCCGCCCCGGCUCUUCAACGACAGCCGGUACCUCGGGGACUACGAAGCUUUCUUUGAAGCUCGAGAGAACAACGCGGUAUAUGCGUUCUUAGGCUUGACUGCGCCACCUGGUUCAAAGGAAGCUGAAGCACUGGCCAAGCAGCAAGCGUGAAUUUCAACUGCCUUAAAUGUUCUGUAAAGGGAAUUUCCACAGCUUUUUAUAAAAUAGUACAAUUGUGUCUGCUUCAAGAAAUGUAGAUGUGAUUUCUAACAUUUGAUUGGUGCUUGCAGCAUUCACCGUACGUCAUACAAAUUUGAACACAAGAUGAAAAUGUGAACAUAAAGGUAGAGAGCAGAGGGUGUAUUAUUACAAAGUUGGAAGCAUAGGAAACUGAAGCAAUUAGACAGGAAUGAUUUUCACAUAGUUUAAGCUGUCUUGGCAAUUCAUCCGUUUUGUGUAAACUUAAAGAAACUAUUUUAGUACUAAUAACACAGAUGGGGUUAUACCUAGAGAUCCAACUAUUUAAAAUACGGAAAACAGCAUCUAAAACCUUGUCAGAUACUAACUUUAGUGCCUGAGUUGCCUCAGAAAUGUUACUGAAUUACACAGUAAUUUUUCAGUGUCUCUUCUGGUUUCAGAUGAAAUUGUAGGUGGUAUUGUGUAGUAUAGCCAUUGUAGUCACUUUUGAAAGUUGUGUUUGUUCUUUUGUAGAAUGGAUAUUUAAGAUUUGUAUUGUAACACACUGUACAGAUGAUAAAAGAAAAAAAAUUGCCAUGUAUUUCUCAUUUAAGUGAUCCGUGUGGGCUCUUUUGACAAAGAAAAAGGGAUCUGGGCAAUGGACAGCCUUUCCAUUGGCAAGUUCAUCACACAGCUGCCUAAGCAUGACUUGACUACAUGUCUGUGUGCAAGAGUCAGUGCCCCUCAGCGGAGUAUGCGCUAAUUCCCAAGCACCGUUGCAAAUAAGCCAAAACGGCCAGAAAUGGCAUUUCCUUACCUUUGUAAGGGUGAAAGCCUUUAAUGUAUUUCUCUACAAAAAUACCAGUUCACACUGCUUAUAGCAUUAGGCAUCUUAUUGCAUGUUCAAGUAGUCAUUAGAUUCAUAUAGUAUUUUUUCAAACAAGGAAGUAAAUGUUUGAAUAGCAAGAACUAUUGUAAUUAAUCAAGACUUUUUUUUUUUUAAGGUUUAAAAACUUAUUUCCAUUGUUACUGCCGUAUCGCGAAGCUAUUACAGGAAUUGUGCAUCUAUUAAAGUGUCUUGCAGUGGUGAAUUUACCAUGUGCAAUAUUAACCUGUGUGUUCUCCCAGCGCUCCUGAGAUGGUCUUUAUGUCUUGGCCAUAUUCUUUCAAAAAUAUAAAUACUUUCCAAAAUGGUUUACAGUUCAUAGUUUUGAAGUCUGAAAUUAGAAACAGGAUAAAAGUAAGAACUUAGGUUUCCAAAGAUGCAGUAAUUAAGUAUUUCCCCCACCAACACUUCUUUGGGGCUUUUGUUCCGUUCACUGCAACUGAUGAUUUUGGCAAGGUCUGUUAAAAGAGGAGCGCAGCUACUUGCUCUGGUUGGAGAGCAGCUCUGCUUCGAGAGAGCUCAUGUUGAAACUCCCACACGCAUCCGAGUGAGCAGGAGCCGAGUUAGUUAAAAUGACACUUAAUUAAUCUUUUAUCUUUUCUGAUUUGUGGGCCUGGGAGUCAGUUUGAAGCGGAUGCUUACAAAAGCGUCAAAAGACAUAGGGAUAGAUUAAUGUUGCCUUACCUUCAAGAUUAACACACGCAUUUUGUGCUUUUUCAUUAACAGGCUUUAUCAAUAAUUACUGAAAUUUUGUGAAAUUUAUUUUUAAGAUAUUUUGGGGAUGGUAGGUAGGUUAUGUUUUAAAUCCAGAGUCCAAUUCUUCUUGUUCACUAUGAUUUCAUCUUUCUGAACUGAGGUGAUUUUUCUUUCUUAAUACUGGCAUAAUCUUUACAUCUAAACUAGUGGUCGAGUUUUUUGAGAAAAUAGGUAAGAAUACCAAGUGAAAUCUUGUGAAGAAAGUGGAAUUUGACACACAAGUCACUAUACUCACACCAAUUUGCUGUGUUUCCUGUGUAAGGAAAGUACGGUGUAAGUUUUGUGAAUUACAGUCAUUAUUUUGGAGAAGCUGUAAUUGAAAGUUGCUGCCAAAUUCUGUCAGUUCAGCGACCCAAAACAUUCUGAAACGAGGUCACUCUCCGACGGUCAAGAAAAUUGCCAAGUUUAAGAAAGCAAAGUCGCUUCCCCCGUCUGGUCCCCCGCCCUUGCCAUAUGGUAGCGUUCAAACCAUAUCAGCAUUCCUAAGAAAGCUCUGUUGAGACAGACUGAAUUAUUUCUUUGUCCGGGGAACAAGGCACCAACACAAACGGAAAAAAUACCGAAAAUUUCUCUUUGUUGUGGGGCUGCGUGGAAAACUUGCCUUCAUUUUGAUGCAGAUAUAUUGCAUGAAUUUAGGAGUGCUAGGAAUUUGUUGCCUAUAGGCUAUUUUUCCAUUUCCUAUACGUGUGUUAGGUUAAUGAUGGGCGCAGGAACUGAACUUGUUCAUUUUUUUUUUUCCUAUGUAGAAGGCAGACAUUGAGGAUUUAACCUGUAUAUUAACCAUUCCUGUAUCAUUCCAAUAAAAUUCUUUUAGAAUGCUUUCUCACA